UACUUCCGGGUCUGCAACGGGUAAUUCCGGGUCUACCACAACACGAUGGAAACCAACUGCAUAUAACACUUCUGAAAUUAUAGCACGUACUGAAAUUUUGAAUGCGGUAUUUUAUAAGGGUUUAUUUAAUGUUUAAAAGUCGACGCUGUAUGUUAGUUAAUUUAAGUUAGUUUAUUUGAGAUCCUAUUACCAUUCCGCUUCUGUUGUAUCCAGUUGCCUCGGUUACAAAACAUGGCGGCACAGAGUUGGGUAGACCUAUUAAGAUCUUCGAGAAAAACUGUUCUAGUUCACGAUGGGAAGCGCAAAGUGCACUACCUGUUUUCGGAUGGGAAACAAAUGGCAGAAGAGUAUGACAUGAAAACGGAUGAACUUGUUGUACGAAAGUGGCGCACGAAGAGUAAACUGGGAGCUCAGGGGCCAUGGGAGAUGGAAGUUGGUGAAUCCUUCCCCUCCACAGAGGCUGUGCUGGAGCAUCAACUGAUAAAGGAAAAUUGUUCAAAUCCAGUGUUUAUGCGUAAAGACACCAAAACCUGUUUUCAGUGGCGAGUCCGGAACCUUCCCUACCCCAAAGAGGUCUACAGUCUUUCGGUUGAUCCAGAGGAGCGCAGCUGCAUCAUUCGAACAACAAAUAAAAAAUAUUAUAAAAAGUUCGACAUUCCAGACCUGCACAGGUGCCAGCUGCCACUGGAGAGCUCUGCCCUCACCUUCACUCACGCCAACAACACUUUAAUUAUUAGCUAUAAGAAACCCAAGGAGAUUCUGACACUAGAAGAAGAUCUCCUAAAAAAUCUGAAGAAGAUGAAGAGCGUCAAUGAUGGAGACGUGGACUGCAAAACCCAGUGAGCUGCUGUGGAUAUGAAUAUAACAUGUUCCGGACUUCCUCCAAUGAAACACCAUGGCUGUUAGGCGAUGGUCUCGCUUCAAGGUGUUAAAUUCAUACCCAGGUACUAAAUUAUGUAUUCAUUACUAUUUUUUCUGAACGGACUUUUAUGUAAAUGAAGGCAUAUGAGUGUUCGGCCAGAUCCAUUUGUCUUUAUUGAUUGUCCAGUCUCUUUUCUAACAUCCAGCUGGCUGGGUUUAACAGACCAAAGUGCAGUGCUGGUAACACCAUCCAGUGUCAUCUUCAAAUGCUUAAAAAAAAAAAUCCAGCAAAUUUUGCAACAAUGGUCACAAAAAAAUAAACGUUUUCAUUUGUCCAGA